UCCUGUACUGUCCCACUCCUGCUGGACGCAAUGGCGACUGCAGAUCUGAAGGACGAGCUGAACUGCUCCAUCUGUCUCAAUAUCUACACAGAGCCGGUAACUCUAAGAUGUGGCCAUAGCUUCUGUAAGUUGUGUAUCCGCACGGUGAUGGAUAGGCAGGACAGCGGUGGAGUUUACACCUGCCCAGAAUGCCGCGCAGAGUACCAGAAGCAGCCAGCAUUGAGAAGAAACAUGAAACUCUGUAACAUUGUGGAACAUUUCCGGUCAACACAACCAGAGACUAAGGUGGCGGGGAUCUUCUGCACCUACUGUGUCCACUCCUCCAUCCCAGCAGUCAAGACCUGUCUGAUGUGUGAAGCGUCUCUGUGCAGCGUCCACUUGGGCGUUCACAGCAAAUCCACUGAUCACGUCUUGACUGAACCCACCAAUGCCAUCGACGGCAGAAAAUGUGCCACCCACCGGGAGAUGCUGAAGUAUUACUGCUGUAAAGACGCCACCUGCAUCUGCGUGUCAUGCUGCGUUUUUGGAGAACAUAGAGGACAUCAGGUGGAGCUCCUCAAAGAGGCGUCGGAGAAGAAGAAAGAAAAACUGAGAAAAGUUCUGGAGAAACUGACCUCGAAACACGAAGAGACCGAAAAGAGCGUCCAGACUUUACAAGAUCACAAGAGGGGAGUCCAGGAGAAGGCCGUCAGCGAGACAUCAAGGGUUACGGUGCUAUUUAAGGAUAUCAGGGCUCAGCUCCAAGCUCUAGAAGAACGCGUCUUAAGUGACAUCUCCAGACAGAGGGAUAAGUUGUCACUCUCAGUCACUGACCUGAUCCAGCAACUGGAGAUAAAGAAGGAGGAGCUGUCCAGAAAGAUGGCUCAGAUAGAGGAGCUGUGCCAGGUGAUGGAACCACUCACUGUCCUACAAGGGAAGGACUUUGGGAGACCUGAGAUUACUGAAGAACAUGGUAGAAGGCUCCAGGGUGUAGGUGAUCUGGAUGAAGUACUCAUCUCAUUGAGUCUACAGUCGGCUUUAUCUGGUAUUGUGACUGAUGUAAAACAAAGCUUCAGUGUCCAAAACUUACUGCUGGACAUCAAGACGGCGGCGGUUGAUGUGGCCGUGUCUGGAGACCUGAAGAGCGCAACAUGGUCAAAGACCCCGAUCUGGACGAAAACUCCUCAGAGAUUUAAAAACUACUGUCAGGUUCUGAGUUUUCAGAGUUUCACCUCCGGCCAGAAUUACUGGGAAGUGGAGACUAGUGAACUGGGGAACUGGAGGGUUGGGUUGGCUUAUCCCAGCAUGGACCGGAAGGGAGACCUGUCGGGUAUCGGGCAGAACAACAAAUCCUGGUGUCUGCGUUUGUGUCAGAAGGAUUAUCUGGUAUCUCACGGAGCAAAGGAGAUUAGACUAGAGACAGAGUCCUUGCUUCAGAGACUGGGAGUGUACCUGGACUACGAGGCUGGGCGGCUGUCCUUCUACCAGCUGUGUGAGCCUAUCAAACAUCUGCACACCUUCACCGCCACCUUCACCGAGCCUCUUUAUGCUAUGUUUCUGGUAUGGCGGGAUGGUUGGGUGAGAAUCAGGAGCUAA